UGGGACAGGACAAUGAAAGGUCUCCGCUGGCGUUACACUCGGCUGCCCAGCCAGGUGGAUGAUGCCCUGUCUGGGGAAGAAAAGGAGGAGGCAAAAGAGGAGGAGGCAGCUCCAGCCCCAGCCCUAGUCCCUGCUCCUGAAGAUCCCAAGGAAACUCAGCUUUCAGAAGCCAGCCAGGUGCUAGGUGCCUCGGAGAUCAGGCAGCUCAGCCUCCACCUCCCUGCGAGAGUCACCGGACACUCCUGGAGCCUGGCCUUCUGCACGGCGAGGGACGGCUUCAGUCUGCGGAGCCUGUAUCGGCAGAUGGAAGGCCACAGUGGGCCAGUGCUGCUAGUGCUGAGGGACCAGGAUGGUCAGAUGUUUGGAGCCUUCUCCUCCUCAGCUAUCCGAUUGAGCAAAGGCUUCUAUGGCACCGGCGAGACAUUUCUCUUCUCCUUCUCCCCACAGCUGAAGGUCUUUAAGUGGACAGGAAGCAAUUCUUUCUUUGUAAAAGGAGACUUGGAUUCACUGAUGAUGGGCAGUGGCAGUGGCCAGUUUGGGCUGUGGUUGGACGGAGACUUGUAUCAUGGGGGAAGCCAUCCCUGUGCGACCUUCAACAAUGAGGUGCUGGCUCGGCAGGAGCAGUUCUGCAUCAAGGAGCUGGAGGCCUGGGUACUGAGCUGA